AUUUAGUUUUAAGUUGAUCCUUGAGAGUGUUACUUGUUGUUAACUUUCAUCUUCCUCUCCAUCUUUAUUAUACAAUAAAUAUACAUGUUGACAUGUCUUUACCAUCGUCUGGAGAGACGAAAUAUCAGAAUUUAAGUUCAUUACCAGGACCCCAAUCACAUUCUUAUUAUCAUCUUCAUCAUCCACCAAGUGGACAUCAUCAACCCUCACCCACCUUGAUACAACAAUUACCACCGAUUCAACCUCAAGUUCAUCAUAAUCCCUCACCGGCAGUGCAUCAACAACACUCAGUGCCGACUGGACAUCAUCCCAAUUCAGUGCUGCCUCAUCACCAUGCUGUCCCUCCAUCAGUGCCACCUCAUCUUCAAACUAUCUCUCCAUCAGUGCCACCACCUCCUCCUCCACAUCAUGCUGUCCCUUCACCUCCGUUGUCAUCUCAACAACAACAACACAAUACGGGUCAUCCCCACGUAACACCUCAUGGUAUUUAUCACCCUGGACAUACACCAUGGUCACAUAAUGUUUAUCCAACGACACCUCACCCUGUCCCUGGGCCAUCACCUCUCAUGUCCCAACAACAAGCCCAACAACCUCCUCAACAACAGUUACAGUUAACUCCUCAGUCGCCCUUAUCGGCAUCUGCUCAAUCACCUGUACCUACACCUUUGAUGUCCCAACAGCAACAGCAACAACAACAACAACAACAACAACAAGUCCAACAACCUCCUCAACAACAGUUACAACUUACACCUCAAUCGCCAUUAUCGGCACCCGCUCAAUCACCUGUACCUACACCUUUGAUGUCUCAAGCACAAUUAACAUCUCAGCAGUUACAACUUACACCACAAUCACCGUUAUCGGCAUCUGCUCAAUCACCACUCGGAAUGUCCAAUGGAGAAAAAGUGACCAAAAAGAAACGCAAAAGGUGCGGUGAUUGUCCAGGAUGUUUAAAAAAGGAUAAUUGUGGUGAUUGUGGACCAUGUAAAAGUGUUAGAAGUCAUCAAAUUUGUAAAAUGAGAAAAUGUGACCAAUUAAAAACAAAGAAAGAAAAAAGUAGAGAAUCAAAUAGUGUUUUACAUCAAAUGACCAAUAAUCGUUUAAACUCUUUAAGCCAAAAUCGCCAGAGUAAAUCAAAUUCUGGUAAUAGUGGACCUAAUAAUCGAUCUGCAGUCAGUGUAGUUGGUGUUCAACAAUCAAAUCAACCAACUUAUCCUUCACAACAACUACAACAACAACAACCGCCACAACCACAGUCACAGUUACAACAACCUCAGCAACAACCACCACCACAACCCCAACAACAACAACAACAACAACAACCUCAAAUUCAACAACAGGAUCAUCAAACAGUAAAAAGUAGAUUAAGUUCAGUUCUACAUAAUCGUCAAAGUAAAAGUUGUUCGAAUAGUGGAUCAAAUAAUCGGUCUGCCGGUAGUGGAUUAGCUGUUCAACCGUCAGUCCAGCCAAGUUAUCCCUCUCAACAACAACCUCAAUUACAGCAAACACAACAACAACCACAGAUUCAACAACAGCCUCCACCUCCACCACCACCACAACAACAACAAACAUUACAGCAUCCACACUCUCAACAACAACCUCAACCACUACCACAACAACAGCAGCAGCAACAACAAUCACAACAAUCACAACAACCACCGCAACAACAACAACAACAACCUCAAAUUCAGCAGCAACAACAACAAUUAUCAGUGUCCAUGAGUUUUGUUGCAACAAAUUAUGUGAGCCCAAUCAAUCACCAAGGACCAAAUAAUAAUAAUUCAUAUAUGGACCAAGGUAACAGCGCUGGCGCUUUACCUGAUCGUGUUCAACCAACACCACCUACAACAACAACGAACUCUGAUAAUACUCCACCUUCCUAUGUCCAUAUGACAUGGACAACAUCCGAUGCUCAACAACAACAACAACAGCAACAACAACAACAACAACAACAUCAACGUAACGGUUAUGUUGUUGGUGGUGAUGAUUUAAGUAUAAGUGAUGACAUUUCAUCAACCGCCUUCGGUGGUCUUUUAAUGGACCUAAAUUCAUAUGAAUCUCAAUCAGUUCAACAUUAUUUAAGUUCACCCACAAAUCAUACUGGCCUACCACCUAUGUCAACUCUACUUCUUCCCGGUUGGUUUAAUAAUGAUCAUAAUAUGAUGAUGAAACAAAACAAUCCUUAUGGAACCGAUAUAAUACCUAAUAAUCAUCAUCAUCACCAUCACCACAUCAUGGAAACAGAUCAUCGUCAUCAUCAGGACUUAAAUUGUGAAUCAUUGGAUUGCGGUGACGAAGAGAAAGGUGAACGUGAGUACUCUCGCAGUCCAUCUACCUUGAUAUCGUUAACAACUGCAUCCCUUACACAUUGAUAAAUGAGAAACAAAUUUUUCUAUAUAAAUAUAUAAAUAUAUUAUAUCUGCCACCUUAAUGAUGAUUUCAUCAUCUACCUGUGAACACACACACGUAAACACACACACAAACACCACAUCAAAAUUUUUCACCAUUCAUGCUGAUGAUGGUGGAUGAAUGCGGAUGAUGAUCUUCCGGAUUUAUGCAACAAACAAACAAAGUGUCUGCACCAUCCCAAAGCUCUUCCCCUUCUCUCCUCUCUCUCUCUCUCUCUCUCUUAAUCUUAAUCUUUAUCUCCUUUCUUUCGCUUUCGAAAGAAUCAACAAAUCAAUUUUCUUACUAGUAAAUAUUAAAGUCUUUUUAUCAUGACAUGUCAAAGGUUAAAUGACAAAAUAAAUAUCAAUAUUAUAAAAAAGUUUAAAACAA